CAUUUAAUGCUUCAACUUCGCGAGCUCUCUCUUUCACUCUUUCAGAGGCUUUCACUUCUCUCUCUGCCCCAAAAUCUCUAUUUUCAGUCUGUCAAAUCUAUGCAAUUUCUUCUAUUUCAUAGAGAUCCUAGCUCUCAGCUUUACUUUGCAGCCAGAUGAAGGAUAAGAAGGAUAAAGUGGAGGCUGAUUUCAACGGUCAUCCUGCAGAUGGAUUUUGCUAAAUGGGACUGUGUUUAUCUUCUCCAUUGUGUCUUUUAGUCAUUGAAUGUUGAAGUGCCCUUGAUUUCUUGUCUGUGAAAAUGAGGGCUGAGAAACAAGGUUCAAAAAGUGGAGGUUAUGUUGGUGGUUUUUUUCAGCUGUUCGACUGGAAUGCCAAAUCAAGAAAGAAGUUGUUCUCUAAUAAGUCUGAUUUACCAGAGAGAUCCAAACAAGGAAAGAAAAGUGAUGGGAAUUUGCCAAUGACACGGUUUCGUCUGGUGACAGAUGAUGAUGAAGCUGGAGCAACACCAAGUUUCAAAGGAAGUAGUGAUUAUAGUUGUGGUUCAUCAGUAACUGAUGAGGAAGGGUACGGAACAAGGGCUCCCGGAGUUGUAGCCAGGCUAAUGGGAUUAGAUUCCCUGCCCCCAUCCAAUAUUUCAGAGCCAUACUCUUCCCCAUUCUUUGACUCCCAAUCUCUCCGAGAUGUUCAUUACAACAGGAAAAACUUUGAUUUUCAUCAUGAUCAUCAAAUCAUGCAUUCUGGCAAUCUGCUCAACAGGGUGGAUGGCCCAUCUAGAAGUGCCAUGGAUUUAAAGCCUCCAAAGACACUAAGCAGACCAAUUGAGAAGUUCCAAACUGAAAUUCUGCCUCCUAAGUCAGCUAAAUCAAUUCCAAGCACGCAUCAUAAGCUUUUAUCUCCUAUUAAGAGUCCUGGCUUCAUUCCAACUAAGAAUGCAGCUCAUAUAAUGGAAGCAGCUGCUAAAAUUAUUGAGCCAGGACCUCAAGCCACUACUAAGGCCAAAAUGCCCCUUGUAGGUUCUCCUUUGGUGCCCUUGAAAGUUCGAGAUCUGAAAGAGAGAAUGGAAGCUGCUCAGAAAAUGCCUCUGGUUGGGUCUUCUUCAGUACCUUCGAAAGUGAAAAAUCUAAAAGAGAAAGCGGAUGCUGCUCAGAAACUAUCAAGGCGUGCUGAAACUUCUCGAAGACCAGUUGAGUCUAGUGCUGCUAAGUAUCUCAAAGGUCAGUCUUUGAACAAGAGCUGGAAUGGAUCAGAAGAGACAACAUCAUUCAGGGGUUCUUCUGAUACAGAAGAAAGUUCUGCUGGUUUAAAGAAUAAAGGAAAAUCCAUUUCCCUUGCAAUCCAAGCAAAGGUCAAUGUUCAGAGGAGAGAAGGUCUAAAUCCAAGUACCAAUAGAAGUUCAGUAGGUCUGAGAGAACAGAAUGAGGUUAAGUCAAGCCAGCCAUUCAAGAGCCAAUCAAAUACCCAAAAAGGUGUGCAUAAGAAACCUUCUACACCUAAUGCUCCAGGUGUGCUCAGACAGAAUAAUCAGAAACAAAAUUGCAUGGUGGAUAAAGACAAGUUACCAUCAAAGUCCUUUGUUUCUACCUCACAAAGCAGGAAACCCUUGUCUGGGGAAUCCUCUUUGGGGCGUCACAAAACCUCAAGUAAAGUUUCUGGGAACUCCAAAGCUGGAUCCAGGAAGUUGGGCUUAGAGCCAACUGAUAGUGAAAAGGAAGUCUCAUAUUCAAGUACAAAGAAUUUCCCUCGGAAGAAGCGAUCUAUAAAUGGGGAUUUUAAUCUUGAGAACAAUUGGGUUGCUGAUAAUUUCUUGAUUGACAAAAAUGAGAAAGCAUUUCAGUCUAAUACAGUGAAAGAAAGGCACUUUAGUUGGGCAGAAGAUAGCAGAAAGAAAGGCAUGGAUGUUGUUUCUUUUACAUUCACAGCUCCACUGACACGAUCUAUCCCUGGUUCUGAGUCCCCUAGCCAGGCGGCAAUGAAUAGUAAUGGUCUUUCAACAGAUUAUCGAGGUAAAAAAGUGCUGCUUGAACCAGAUGCUAAAAACUUAUCUUCACUUGGAAUUAAUGUGAUAGGCGGUGAUGCUUUGAGUAUGCUUUUGGACCAAAAACUAAGGGAAUUGACCUAUGGGGUUGAUUCUUCCCGGCGUGAAUCUUUCAAAGUAGGGUCAACUGCUAGUUCUUCUAUUCUUCAAGAUCUGGCACCUACUCUUAAUGCACUAAGCACCACACAUAGGUUGCAUGACAAGAGGGACCAACCUUGGCUUCAGAAAGAUAAAAUGGAUAGCCUAUAUGACUCUGACUUCUCUUUUACUGCUCCUUCGGCAUUUGACAUAAAGCAUAAACUUCAGGGAGAGAAUGAGAUGGAUGAGUGCAGCAGCAGCAGCAAUGCUGAAGCCAGAAACUUGCUUGAUUGUCGACAUCCUAGUCCAGUUUCUAUUCUUGAACCUUCUUUUUCAACUGAAAGUUGCAACUCUUCAGACAGCACAGACAGUAAUAGCAUAGAAGGAAGCAAGCACUUCUCAUCUGUUCUAGCCCAGGAAUUGAUUAGUUUGAGCUUUUCAAAGAAGUUCAAUUCAAUGGAAGCCGAUGCAGAGCUAUCAGAUUCAGCUUCUUCCACAUCUACUGCAACUGUGGCUACAAAGCAUGUGGUAGCAUUAACUGCAACAUGUUUGGUGAGAUCUACCAAGUGGGAACUAGAAUAUGUGAAGGAGAUACUCUGUAACAUUGAAUUGAUGUUCAAGGAUUUUGCAUUGGGUCGUGCCCGUGAGAUCAUAAAUCCUCAUCUUUUCCAUCAAUUGGAGAAUCGAAAAGGAGGCUUGGAAAUUGAUGGAGAUGAGUCUAGGCUAAAUAGGAAGGUGUUAUUUGAUUGUGUGAGCGAAUGCUUAGACUUAAGAUGUAGGCGGUAUGUUGGUGGGGGAUGCAAAACAUGGGCAAAAGGGGUGACAAUGGUGAGAAGAAAGGAGUGGUUAUCAGAGGAAGUGUACAAGGAGAUCUCAGGAUGGAGAAGCAUGGGGGACUGUAUGGUGGAUGAGCUUGUAGACAAGGACAUGAGCAGCCAGUAUGGAAGAUGGCUUGACUUUGAAGUCGAAACAUUUGAACUUGGAGUGGAGAUUGAGAGCCUGCUAUUUACUUCUUUGGUUGAUGAAAUUGUUGCUGAUAUCUUGCUAUUUUAGUGCCCUGGCUUGUUGAUUAUCUCUGCAAUUUUUUCUCUCGAGAACCUUGCAUGGUGGAUGAUGAGCUUGUAAGCAACGACAUGUGCAGCCAGUACAGGAGAUGGCUCGAGUCUGAAGCUGAAGGCAUUCUAGCUUCGAGUAGAGAUCAAGGGUCAGAUGUUUAAUUCUUUGCUUAAUGAAGUUCUUUGCUGACACCUUGCUAUUUUAUUCCUUAGUGUAAUCUCCACCAUUUUUUAUCCUCAAGAACCUUCUAUUCUUGUAUUUUCAAUCUUAUUCUUCAAAUUACUACUUUAUUAAGCCUCUGUGAUCCAUGCCAUCAACAUUCUGCCAUAACAAAAUUUCAGGAAAGUGAUCUCUUUACUUC